GUAAUGGGUCAGUCAGUACCUAUGCCUCUGUUCUCUGCUCUUUCUUCAUGUGGCUUUGGAAUCGCAGAGGCAGUGUCAGUCAGCAUGGAGAGAAAGUGAUCAACUGGAUGAAGGCAGGGUUUGAGGAGUCUGAUCUGCUGGUGACCGUCAGUCCAACAUAUGCGGCGCAAGUGUCCACUGAGGAAGAUCUAGGAUGUGGCCUUACACAGGUUAUCGCGAGGAAGGGGAUAUUAGGCAUAAUGAAUGGGGCAGAUGUAACUGAGUGGAGUCCCAUGAACGACAAAUACCUGGAUGUCAAAUAUGAUGUCCACACGGUCUUUGAGGUGAAGCCUACUUUAAAGGCCCAGUUGCAAGCCAAGGCAGGGCUGCCAGUCCGUCCCGAUGUGCCGCUGUUUGGCUUCAUGGGCCGAUUGGAUGAGCAGAAAGGGUCCGACAUCUUGACCGUUGCAAUCCCGGCCUUUCUGCAGCAACAAGAAAAAAGUAAUGCGGGUGAUGCACAAUUCGUCUUGCUGGGUACAGGCAAAGGAAGUUUCGAGGAACAGCUCCAGGAACUGGAGAAGAAGUUUCCAAAACAAGUUCGAGCAGUGGUGCAGUUCAGUCCUCUGCUUGCGCACAUCGUCAUGGCCGGAUGCGACUUCUUGGUUGUACCAAGCCGCUUCGAGCCGGCUGGGCUCAUCCAGCUGCACGCAAUGCUCUAUGGGACGGUUCCUGUGGUGGCGUCCACUGGUGGUCUGCUGGACUCUGUCCGUGAUGGAGUGACAGGCUUGCACAUUGGGAAGUUGAGCCUCAAGCGUGACGUGAAGCCCGGUGACGUGAUGAAGAUUGUGGAGGGACUCAAGCGUGCGUUGGCCAUGUACAAAACUCCCGAGCGGUACAAAAGUCUGGUCCUUGCAGAUAUGUCCCAAGACCUGUCGUGGAGGGGUCCUGCCAGAGAGUGGGAAAAGGCCUUGCAGAGUCUCUACAAGGAGGAGAGGAGUGGGAGAGACAACGGGGAGGCAAACUUUCCUCAAGAAAGAGCAGAGAGGCAUCUUCCUGCAGGAGACCGUUCGCAGGAAGCUCCGCAAGAUUCAUUCUCAUUUUGCUACGAUUGGUGGAUGACAGGUUGGCUGCUUUCAGAACCCUCUUCACAUUGGGGCGAGAUCUACGCAAUCAGUUGGAGUAUCGGUAUGGAUUGCUGGCAAGUGAAGAUGAUUGCGGCGAAAACACAAAUAACAGCAACAACAUCAGCUACAACGACAUCAAGGAUGGGGAUGGUGUCAACAACAACAAUGAUGGGGGAGGGCGACGUCCAAAGCUGCACCAUGAUGGGAGUGAUACUGCAGGUGGACGAGGAAGAUAAUGGAGGCGUCAACAACAACAACAACAACGACAACAACAAUAUCAACUACAGCAACAAUAACAAAAACGAUGGUGCGCAGGGAUUGGGAUUGGGCGAAAUGGGCGAAGGUGGUGGGAAGGAUGACAGCAACAUUAACAACGAUGGCGUGAACAACAACGACGACAACGACAACGACAACAACAACAACAACAACAACAACAACAACAACAACAACAACAACGGCAGUGACGAGGGCGGGGGCGACGUCCACUGCAGCAGCAUGAAUGGUGUGAUGCUGCAGAUGGACAUGGAUGAUAAAGGUGGUGACAACAACAACAACAACAACGAUGAUGAUGGGGGAGCCGACAUCCACGGCUGCCGCAUGAGGGGAGUGAUACAGCAGAUGGAUGCGGAUGAUAGUGGAGACGACAACAACAACAACAACAACAAAAACGUUGACGACGACAACAACAAAAACGUUGACGACGACAACAACAAAAACGUUGACGACGGAGGGGGCGACGUCCAUGGCAGCAGAAUGAUGGGUGAGGUAUUGCAGGCAGACGCGGUUGGAAUGGGGGUGGACACGGGAAACUGGUUUUCUGACUUCCUCCUCGUUAUAUUUUGCGGCCUCGAUAUGGAGUUGCUUCUCGUCGUCUGCCAGAGGAUAGGAGUAGGUUAGUCAGUGAUGAUUGGUGUUGCCCAACCCACAAUACCAAUCA